AUGGCUGUAAAACGCAAAGACUUUCAAAAGGCAGCUGCAUUUCUGCAUGAAUUUCUGCUGAAGUUGAAUGAAGAUUCAGAAUGUGCAGAGUUAAGAGAUACUUUAAACCUUGCUCUUCUGCAAUUGCAGAAGUAUUAUCGAUUGUUGCAGAAUCGCAUUCAUGAAAAGAAUGCUCAAGCAACAUCGACAUCAUUGUCACUUACUGCCAGGGGACUGAGUCCUAUGACUCCUUUUGUUGACGCACCAGAUAAGUUUCAAUGGCGAUGGAUAAACUUAGAUUCAUUACGAAGCUUAACAGGAAUUAGUAAUGAAGAAAGUAUUAACCUAACUAGGUUACCAUCAAUCAUUCAGGCAGUCAAGGAAAGCAACUUCGACAUGUGUGUUGAGUUAAUUCAGAAUGAUAUUUCUUGUAUCGAGGAACAAGAUGGAAUUGGACGGACAGCAUUAAUAUACGCAGUACACUUUCAUGAGUUAGACAUUUUGAAGUGCCUUUUGGAGAGUGGAGCUGAGGUCAAUGCCACAGCCCAUGAUGGAUCUACAGCACUACACCAAGCUUGCCAUGAUGCCAACUAUAAAGCCCUCAGCAUGUUGCUGCAGUAUGGUGGGGAUUUCACAAUGCAGGACACACAAGGGCGUGCACCUAUUCACUGGGCUGUCACUACCAGGAGUACCGAGUGCCUCAAGUACCUGAUUGGUCACAAUGCAGAUGUAAAUGCACGAGACAAGGAUGGGUUAUCUCCCUGUAUGUGGGCUUGUCGUCUAGACCAUAUUAAACACUUCGAGCUUCUUAGCUCUUCCUCCAACUUUCAAGUGGACGAUGCAGAUGGGAUAGAGAGGGACAACAACGGUCGCACCUGGAUGCACUGGUCCAUAAGGAGAUCAGAGCCUUUAGAAUGUUUACAGACCUUGUUGACACAAGAGACGGCAACCAUAAAGGAUGAAGAUGGCAAGACAGUGCUACUUUUAGCUGCUGAAAUGGGCUCACUGCUGGCAUGUAAGAUCAUUGUAGAAAUUGGGGGAACAGAUUGUGUAUAUGAUAGAGAUACUCAGGACAGAACAGCACUCCAUCUAGCCUCCAUAGGGGGACAUGGGGAUAUCGUCAAUUACCUACUGGAUCAACGAGCUGAUUUGUCAGCGGUAGACAAGUUCAAUGCCAAUGCUUGGGACUAUGCCAAGAAUCGUCAGCUUCACUAUGUGCAGCUAAUUAUUAUGUCCCAUCAGCGACAGCGCCUCCAGAGUAAUCCGACUUCCCCUAUCCCUAAUGGGCUCGGCCUCACUCUCAUGUCCACCAAUGGUUUUAUGGGUACUCUUGACUCCAUGAAUGGGGACCACAAUGGAAAUGAAUAUGAACAUAUGAUUAACACAAGAGGUAGUUUUGAAAGCAUGCCCAUAACACCACCCCACCCUCCUAAACGGCCUCGAACUGAGAGGCGGAGUGUUCGUACACCCUUGCGGCGCUCAACAAGUCUAGUGAGCGCCCCAGAGAGGGAGCCAUCUUUUGUGCAACCCCCUGAUGAUCGCUACACUUCCAGUGCUGGGGGGGAUCUAAACCGACGCAAGGAACGACUGGAUGUGACUGUGGAUACCAGAAACACACCAGACAUACUUCCUGUUCACAACAACAGAGAAGAUGUUCCAAUGAUAACUGAUGAUCAUCAUGUAGAGGAGGAGAUAGAUGAUGUGAGUGCUGGAGGAAUGGAUGUGUCCGAUAUAGAGGAUGAGGAUGAAGAAGCCCCACCUCGCACCUCCAGAAUUCCCAAUCGACAGGACAGUGCCUCUCGCGAACAAAUCCAACCACGACCACCACCACGGCAACAGCAACACCAGCAACAGCACUCCUCCAAACCUUUAUAUGCUCAACCACUAGAACCUCAGUAUAAUAGGAGGACUAACCAGGGAUUCCCGCAGGACGGGAAUAUCGGCCGUGAUUAUCGUGACCCUCAGGAGAAUAGAGAUUACAGAGAAGCACAACGACAGCAACAACAGCCUCCUUCUCCUCCGAAGUACCCUCUAAGUACCAACACAAGAGUGAUCUCCCCUCACUUUAACCAGUCCAUGAACCCAUCGGAGAGCUUCCCACCAAGUCGCCCCCGACCAGCACCUCGUCAGCCACAACCACUACGUAACACGCCUCCGAGGCCUCCUCCUCCUCGCCCCACCCCCUCACCAGCUCGACCAAGCUCAGGGACAAGGGAACAGUUACAGAGUCCGCCAUCAACAGACCAGAUGAGACCAACCCCACCCCCAACACAGGACCCGAACCGCCCAAAUUCAGGUUCCAAGCCACCAGGUGUGGUUGAAGGUAGGCGGAUUCCACCUCCGAUGCUAGUGCCCCUAGAGAAUGCUCCAGUUCCUCCAUCAAUAUCUAAGAUAGAGAAAAGAGAGAAAAAGAAGAAAAGAAAGAAGAGGGAACGAGAAAAAGAAAAGGAAAAAGAACGAGAAGCAGACUUGAAAUCUCCUCCUAUGGACUUGGAGCCUCCCAGGGGAUAUGCUGCACCACUUCAUCCUCCUCCCUCAGCUACAGUCCGACAGCAGAGGGCUCAGUCUGGCAUACCAGCUCCACGCUUCUCCAAACAACCACCACAACGACAUGAGUCCAGAUACGUAGAUGAAAACAUGGAUGAUGAACACAGUAAGGAGGAGGAAAGCAGCAGCAAAGAUCCUCCGGUUGUCAAUGGUUAUGCUGUGCCAAUGAGGGAGGGGCCAGCUAGAUCAGCUCGACCAGGGCAAAGUCGAUUGCAGCCAAUGGAGAGUGAAGAAUAUGAGGAUGAUCCUGACCAUGAAGAUGAGCCUAGUGAGAACAGGGACCACAGCGACCAUCAUGACCAACAUGACCAUGGUGACCAACAGGACCCUCACGACCGACGAGACUCUCACGACCAUCAAGACUUUAGAGAUCAUCGGGACCAGAGAGAUCACUAUAGGGAUCAUGGUGAUCACAGAGACCAUAACAGACAAGAUGUUAUAGACGAGGAAGAGAAUGUAGGACCACUCAUACCUCCACCGCAAGGGUUCAGGGGAGGUAACUCACGUCCGAGCAGGCCGCUUGUCUCCCAGUCAAUCCCACAGGACAGUCGCAGUUCCAGGAUGAUUCCUACCAGUGCUAAGCCACCCCUUCCCAUGAGUGGGCGGAGUCGAGAUAGCUCCUUAUCGAGUCGUCACCACAAGAGCCCUUCUCCCUCUCGUCGGUCACGUCCACACACAGGCCGAUCCAACAGCUCAUCAUAA